CUCGACGUGAAUAGAUCGCGCAACCUUUCAAUGGAGCGAGACACUGCGCGCCAAAGUACAAUACAAUCAAGAAACGAUUGUAAAAAUAAAGAGGGGAAUAAAGCUUCACGCUUUUUACGCGCUGGAUGUUGGAGUUGAAUGGAAGACCCAGAGGAAGAAGAUCACCCCCGAGCGGAUUUAUAUUCAACUUCUACCAUGCCUUGAACUUGGUUACUUUUACGCGAUUUAUGUUGGACAAAAGUCGCCAAGGUUGACUUAAUACUGAUGGACUUGAUGAGUGCACUGCCAACUUCUUGAUCCAGGGAAACAUUUGGCGAAUGAUGUAAAGGAAGCAAGUGAUUUACAAUAGGACAACGGAUUGGCAAGAUGUGCCGUUAAAACGCUCCUGAUAAAACGCCUUCAUUCACUCAUCGGAUCUUAAGGGGAAUAGCACAAGGGACAUUGCUCUCAGAUUCAAACCAUGUUGUAAGCUGUCAAAUAAUUUACCUCAAAUAAUGAUUUUAACAGUACAAAUCUCCGCGCAGAAUCCUCGUCGCUUUCCAAAAAUGCCCUGCAUAAAGCAUCAACCAAGUUUAAUUAAAAUCCCACUUUAAUUGGUCUACAUGCAUGCACAAUGAUUUUUUUUCCUUCAUUGUGCGUUACUGCAUUAAACCAUGACUAUGACAUUAUGUCUUCUUUGUUUGUAGCAACGAUUCAAGAUGCAACAAUGUUUAGCAUUGUGAAAUAAGUGUGCACCUAUUCCAUUUUUGUGAGGGAUAUUUUUUUUAUCCUAAAGGAAACAUGUUGCAUAUCCUCCUGCUUCAAUCGGUCGUGUUACUUUCAGGAGUGUCCGACUGCCGGGUCCUGGAGGGACUGCAGAGGUACUCCAGCCUCCCCACCUACCUGCCCGUCAACUACCAGGUGCUGGGGGCCGGCUCGGCCUUCUUCCUUAAGGAGGCCAACCAGGAGUUCAUGAGGAACUCCAGCCUGCUGUCUCGGACGGAGCCUUUCUUCAUCUACCAGGCCCGCAGCCUGCCCUCCAUCAACGCCAGCUACGGGCCCCUCUCCGUGGAGCAGUCUGUGCCACUGGACCUCCUGCAAAGCCCCGGGACCUUCCCCACCUCCCCCCUGUUCACCUUCAACUGGAAGGUGCAGACGUUCAUCCUGAACACCAGGGUCCACCUGGCCAAGCCCCGGGUGCAGGUGCUGUUCUACAUCGCCGGCCGCGACUGGGACGACUACAGCACCAUCGACAAGCUGCCCUGCGUGCACAUGUUCGCCUUCCACGAGACCCAGGAGGUUCGCGGCAGCUGCCAGCUGAGGGGCGAGCUGGGGCUGUGCACGGCCGAGCUGGAGCCCCUGGCCGGCUGGUUCAGUCCGCCCAGCAUUGUGCCCGGGCGUCAGCGGAGUGCCACCGAGGCGUCGGACGGCACGGCGGUGGAGCUCUACUACGUGCUGCAGUCCACGGAGAAGGCAGAGUGCCACUCGGAGGAGUCGCGCAAGGACGGCUUCAUCCGCUCCAGCCAGGAGGGGCUGUUCAGCUCGUACACCUCCACCCCGCUGCGGAGGAUCGGCAGUGUGAGGCUGUACCAGAACCCCAGCCCCCCACCCCUGGUGGAGCACAGGCUGGACGGGAACUUUGUGGUGCUGGUGCCGGCCGCCCCCAUGAAGCCCCGGGACUCGGUGUCGGCCUUUGUGUGCGUCUCUGCCUACUCCUCCGUGCAAAUGUUCACUCUCAGGGUGAAGUUGAAGGAGGGCGUAACGUUCCUGGGGGCCCGGCCCAGCAACCCGGCCCAGUGGAUGGUGAGCCAGGACGUGCGGAGCGAGGGCCACCGGGUGGUCACGCUGCGCUGCCGCCGGAAGCAGGAGUCCGUCUACGACCAGAGGUCGGAGGCGGGGGGGCAGAGGGUGCUCCAGGUGGACCUGAAGAUGGAGAGCUUCCCGGAGACGUUGGGCAGCCGCUGGAUGGCCUGGCAGGUGGAGUACCCGGGCAGUCGCUCCACCACGCAGGAGGCUGAGACGGAGGUACGGCUGGCGCUGGAGGACCUGGCCGCCAUCGUUCCACUGUCCAUGGACUCAGAGAUCCUGAACACGGCGGUCCUGACUGGGAAGACGGUGGCGGUGCCGGUGAAGGUGGUGACGGUCGGGACGGACGGCUCCGUCACCGACGUGUCCGAGGACGUCCGCUGUCGCUCCACCGAUGAGGACGUGGUCAAGGUGUCGGACAGAUGCGACUACGUGUUUGUGAACGGUAAAGAGAUGCGCGGGAAAGUGGGGAUGCUGGUAAACUUCAGCUACAGCUUCCUGAGCGCUCAGCUGGAGCUCAACGUGUGGAUCCCACGGCUGCCGCUGCAGAUGGAGGUGUCCGACACGGAGCUGAGCCAGAUCAAGAGCUGGAGGGUUCCCAUCGUGGGCAGCAGCCAGAGGUCUGCGCGGGACAGCGAGGAUGAGGACGAUGAAGACCGGCGAGGGCGGAGCUGCACGCUGCAGUACCAGCACGCCAUGGUGCGGGUGCUCACCCAGUUUGUGGCGGAGGGGCCCGACGCGCGGGGCCCAACCAGCUUCAUGCUGGGCAGCGACUGGCAGGUGGACAUCACCGAGCUGAUCCGGGACUUCCUGAAGGUCGAGCGCCCCCACGUGGCUCGCCUGCUGGACGGCAGGGUUCUCAUGGGACUGGACGUCGGGAUGACCGCCAUCCAGGUGCUGUCUCCCCUGUCAGACUCCAUCCUGGCAGAGAAGACCAUCACGGUGGUGGACGACAAAGUGACCAUCACGGAGCUGGGGGUCCAGAUGGUGACGGCUCUGUCCAUGGCCCUGCAGCUCAGUCAAGGGAGCAACAGAGCCAUCCUGGCCACCACCACCAGCCCGGAGCUUCUGCAGAGCCCAAAGCAGGAGGCAGUGAUCAGUGCCUGGCUGCAGUUCAGCGAUGGCUCCAUCGCUCCCCUGGACCUGUACAACCAGGACUUCUUCGUGCUGACCGCCACCUCCCUGGACGAGGAGGUGGUGAGCGUGCGGCAGGAUCCCUCCUGGAAGUGGCCCAUCAUCGUGGCGGAGGCGGAGGGCCAGGGUCUGCUGGUCCGCGUGGAGAUGACCGUAUGCGAGCUCUGCCAGAAGUACAAGCGCCGCAGCAUCCUGGCUGCGGGGAACUGCAACAUCCGCGUGCGCUUCGGGCCGGGUGAUCCCCGGGGCGGGGCCAGCGACUACAGCCCCGACGGGGACGAGGUGCUGGAGACCAGGGCCCGGCUGUCCCCGUCCCAGGACAGGACGAGUCUGGAGACCCACUACUACGGCAGCUCUGUCUCCGACAUCGAGGACGGGAUCCUCAAGCGGGCCACCACCACCAAGAGCGUAAUCCUGCGCCGCCCCGCCGGCGGGAAGCUGUCCAACGACGGCGGCCAGAACGGGCCCGUCGACUUCUCCGACUUCCCCGUCCAGGUGGACCUGCCGCGGGGCCGCAAUCUGGACGACGAGCCGACGCACAGAAACCGAGGCCUCACCGACCUGGAGAUCGGCAUGUACGCCCUGCUGGGGGUGUUCUGCCUGGCCAUCCUGGUGUUCCUCAUCAACUGCAUCUCGUACACCCUCAAGUACCGCCACAAGGAGCUCUCCAUCGAGGGCCAGGAGAACAUGAACCACGCCCACGACUGGGUGUGGCUGGGCAACGAGGCGGAGCUGCUGGAGAGCCAGGUCAGCCUGUCGCCGCAGCGGGACGGGCACACCUCCAUGAUUGACUGCAGCAGUGGGCUGGAGGAGGGCAGCCACCUGCUCAACGGCGGCUCAGCGCAGAAAAACGUGCAGGGCCAGGUGCACCGGGCGGCGGAGCACGGCUGCCCGGCCAAGGACAGCAAAGGGGACUCGCCCACCACCAAGCGGAAGAGGGUGAAGUUCACCACGUUCACCACCACCAUCCCUCCGGACGGCAGCUACCCCAUCGUCAGCACGCUCAGCGCGGGCCACGGCCAGGACAUUAAGUGGGUGUGUCAGGACAUGGAGCUGGGGGACUCUAAGGAGCUCCGCAAUUACAUGGAGCGGUUGAACGACAGCGCUUUGAAGGAGGUGGCAUAGUGCGAGUGGUGCCCUUGUAACAAACUCAACCGAUGCCUUUCAUAGGAAAAAUGGGUGCGGGUAGAAACUCGCCGUGUUGAGUAGAAGAUUUCAUUGUACUCAAUAGGAUAAAAAUAGCAUAAAAAAGUUACAGACACGGAUGACAAAUCACAAACUCAAAAUAUGUGUCCGUGAGUGACGGUAAAAGGGAUGCUCUGUUUUUUGUUUGUUAUUUUCCUCACUGUUUGUUAUUCCUCUGGUUCCCUUUUAUCAUUCUUCCCUUUUCAUGGUUUUAAAUAGAAUCACAGGAUGUCCGCAGGAUGAAUCUGCAUUGAGUUUUGAAGUACUUUGAUACAGAUGACUAGAGACUGAAGAUAUAGAUAUCUAGAUAGAUGGAUAAAUGUAUUGGGGUGUGUGUGUACACAUUAAAUGGUUUUGGAAAGUCGUGCAACAUUUUGAUUAUUGAUUUUCUAUGUCCCACCCUCAAUCAUUGGUGUCAAGAAAGACAUGAGCCAUCGAAGUCCUGCAUGUACUGGACAAAAAAAAGGCACAACUCCUCUGUCCAUAGUCAUCCUCCCAAACACGAAAGAAAACAUGUCCUACGAAAGAAAUGUUAUGUAUAUACUGACCAACCUACAAAGCAUUGUACUAUUGCACUGUAUAUUGUAUUUUCAUAUCAUUUAAAAAAAAAAGAUA